UGCGUGCACAUACAUAACCCAAUUUCCUCUUUACAUGAUACAGAAGGAAGUUAUGAAGGAAGUGAAUGAAAAGGAUAAAACAUCUAGAUCAAAGCUCACUGGACAGCCUGGGUACGAGUGGAUUUCAAAUGGAGUCAGCAGUUUCACAAACUCUUAGAACUGCAGUUCCCCUAACCAGCUUCGCCACUGCCCUGGAUGACAUCACAGAAGCAAACACGACUCGCACAGAACCAAACAGUUCCUGUGAAUUUUCAAAGAUCCCAGCUCAUCCUGUUUUCAUAUUUGCAUACUUACUAGUGUUUCUUGUCAGUCUGGUGCUGAAUUGCAUCACAAUGCGUGUGUAUUUCUGCACUAAACACUGCAUCCAGUCCAGUGUCACAGUCUACAUGAAGAACCUGGCCGCAGCUGACUUCUUCCUUUGCCUUUGUUUACCUUUGCGCAUCGCUAACUAUACCAACAGUUCAGUGAUCAUGCGUAAUAUCUACUGCAGCUUUGGAGCAACGGCCUUCUAUUUAAACAUGUAUGCAAGCAUUCUCUUCAUGGACUUUAUUGCUGCAAACAGAUACCUGAAGAUUGUCCGGCCAUUGGAGACUCAUGCUCUGCAGACAGUUCGUACCGCCCGCCACAUAUCUGCAGCUACUUGGCUCUCACUCUUAGCCAUGUCUUCCAUCUACUUGAUCCUCUUUCUCCUGACCUCCUGGAAUCUUGAUCAAAAGCCUGAUAAAAUUGGCUGUGAGGCUUUACACAGUCCUCAGCUCAGUUUGGUCUACAAAAUCACUCACAGUGUGUCCAUGGUAAUCUUCACUUUUGUGCUGGUGUCUCUGAUUGCUCUUUACUGGGGAACUUUACAAAAGGUCAGAAAAGCUCAGUUGUCCACACAGACCACAUCCAGCAACAAUAAGUUCAGAAAGUCUAAGCGCAACAUGCUAGUUCUAGUGGUUGUUUUUUGUGUGUGCUUUGUGCCCUAUCAUCUGGUGAGACUGCCUUAUGCAUUUAUCAAACUUCAGACGAAAAACUGCACAGCCCAAGCAUUCUACGUCCUGAAGGAGCUGACUGUCCUACUAUCAGUUCUAAAUGCUUGUUUGGAUCCAUUUAUAUACUUCAUAUUCUGCAAGGCUUUCAGAGCCCAGCUGAACCUCAGGAAGGACAAAGAUUCGCUUAAAGACAGUGAUGACAGAGGACAGCAAAGGCGAAUGAGCAACAUGUUGAGCUACAUUGAGACAAAGAUAUCCACGCUCAGACGUGAAAGUGUCAUUUAACACAAAAAUUCCCAGGAAGGAUGACAAUUUUCCUAGUAAACAAUGAGAAAAUGUGUGCAAUGUACAUGAAGGCUCAUUAAAUUGCAUGCAAUGUAAUAUAGCAAUUCAUCUUAAAAGCAUGCCCAUCUUCGGAUUUGUCCUUUUCUCUUGCACAACAUUUAAUUUUCAGUUUCACUGUCACUAGAUUACAGAAUGAAAAUGAUCUAAUAGUGAAUUUGUUGCUAGAAAUUAAAGCUGCAGUCCUGAACUUUUUUUGGUUAAAAAUUAUCCAAAAUCAAUUUGUGACUGACAGCAAACAUUAGAUUCAUCCGUGCUGAGGAGCCGUGCCGAUGCUCAACCCACGUAAAGAUGAUAAUUCCGCAAAUAACUGCAAUUGCAGGUUUCAAACAGAGAUGGCGACAAAGGGGCAAAACUUACGGACUGCAGCUUUAACGUUGAAGAUUCAUCCCUAACUGAUACUUUCAAGGAUGCAUUAAAUUGAUCAAAAGUGACACUAAAGAUAUUUAUUGUAUAAUAUUACAAAACAAUCAGAAAUGUUUCUUGAAAACUGGAGUAAUGAUGCUGAAAAUUCAGCUUAUAUAUAUAUAUAUAUAUAUAUAUAUAUAUAUAUAAAUUAUAUUAAAGCUAUAUAUAUUAAAUUGUAAUAAUAUUUCACAAAAUAUUAGUGUUUUACUGUAUUUUUGAUCAAAUAAAUGCAGCCUUGGUGUAAGCAUAUAAGAGCCUUCUUUCAAAAAAAAAAAAAAAAAAAAAAAUCGGUAAUGCUUUAGUAUAGGGAACAUGUAUUCACUAUUAACUAUGACUUUUCCCUCAAUAAACUCCUAUUUUACUGCUUAUUAAUAGUUAGUAAUGUAGUUGUUAAGUUUAGGUAUUGGGUAGGAUUAAGAAUGUAGAAUAUGGUCAUGCAGAAUAAGGCAUUAAUAUGUGCUUAAUAAUUACUAAUAAACAGCCAAUAUUCUAGUAAUAUGCAUGCUAAUAAGCAACUAGUUAAAAGACCCUAAAAUAAAGUGUUACCAAAAAAUCUUACUGACCUCAAAACCUUGGAAUAAUGGUGUAUUUAAUAUUGGUAUUGGAGAUGAUAUGAUUUGUGGACAUGUAACUUGCUUGCUAUGGAAAAAUACAGCAUUUAAAAUGAAUAAUUGCAUAAUAAUAAAAUAUUA